AUACUAAUAAAAAUCUCAAUUUCACACAUGAUGAUGAUGAUGACUUCAAUGUGUUCGGUGCAAGUAUCAUUGACUAUGAUUCUGAAACUAAUGACCUAGACCCACAUACAGCAUGGACUCCCUAUGGCAAAAUAGCAUAUCUUCCAACUAACAUUCAUAAGAAAAAGUUACUUUCAAAGGAUGAAAGAUCCACAAUUCUUAGAAAUGAACCAUGCAAUAACAUCAGCAAAGCUAUUGAAAACUCACUCAAAAAUGCUAAAGCAUUAUUACUGGACUCUUUAUCUUAUAUUAAUAAGGCUCGAAGAGACAAUGCCAUUAAAAGCAUAUCACCUGAAUACAACACACCUAAUGCAAAUGAGAAAGCAAUACUAGUAACAACACAAGGACAAUUCAUUCUUGCUUCAAUUCCAUUUCAGCCCGUGGUAGAUGUGGAAACUACUGGUUCUACAAUAAAAAUUUCAACAGACAGAGAAAUAAACAAUGAGUCAAACAAAGAUGUAUUAUUCUUGUCAACAACUGCAGCUCACCCACCAGCAUCUGUGGAUACUAUUUCUGGUUGGCUUAAAAAUAUACUAAUAUUUGCUGAGCCUGACGCGAAAGCUAAAGACAUUAGAGCAAUAUCAGCAAAUUUUGCAUAUGAUGCAAGUGCCAGUGUGGAUACAUUACUCAUAUUCAGAAAUUGGUCAUCUAAUGAAGUAUAUAAAAGAUUUUAUCAGAGAGGCAUGAAAAAGACAUUAAUGAAAAGCCACCUACCAACUAAGAUUUUAGAUCAAGCAAAGAGGAUAUAA